UUCUCUUCCCCCUUAGUCCCAACUUCUUCUACCAGCAAAGAAGUCUCAAUCCGAUCAUGUUCUUCUCAUCCAAAUCAAGAACACUAAUUCCGCGAUUACUGCUUCUUAGGACCGCAAUCCUAUUCUCAGUCCAAACUUCACAAGUCCAUGGAAGCUGCACCUCAGGCUGCGACUUAGCUCAAGGCUCCUACUACCCGUCGUCUGGCGAAAAUUUAACUUACAUUGCCAGUCUUUUCAACAUCCCAACAGCAAGCAUAACCGACAGCAACCGGGCCAAUAUCAGCAUAGUUCCCGGCAGGGAUCAACUCUUUUUCGGCAGAAUUAACAUACCCUUUACCUGUGACUGCAUCAAUAACAACUUUUUAGCCCAUGUUUUCAGCUACAAUGUCACGUCGUCAACCCAAACAACUUUUGAUACAAUCGCAAAAGGGUCCUAUUCCAAUUUGACCAGUGCCGCUUGGUUGAAGAGGUUCAAUUCUUAUCCCGAAAAUGGUGUUUCCGUCCCGCAUAUUGGUGUCCUGAACGUGCCUGUGAAUUGCUCCUGCGGCGGGGAGGUGUCGAAUGGAUACAGGUACUUUGUUACGUGGCCUGUCCAGGAUGGGGAGACGCUGGAGUCCGUGGCUGCUGCGAAUAAUUUGACUGCUGAUUUGGUGAAGAGAUAUAAUCCAACGGCUAACUUCACCGCCGGGAAUCUGUUAUAUAUCCCCAUGGGAGUUCCUAAUGAUUCGCCAACCCCUGCUCUUGGCUCUUCUAAAAGACAGAAAUCAACGUGGAAGUUGAAAUUGUCUAUUGGUGUUGUAGCACCAUUUCUGGCAACUCUUACACUGCUUUCUUUGUAUUGCAUCUUGCAAAGGAAAAAAGUUACUGGAAUUGGAGCUAUAAGCAAAUUGAAAAGAGUCGAAUGGUCAGCAGACGGUGACAAAGAGGAUGAUGAAUCAAUUUUUUUCAGUUUUUCAAGCAUAGAGAGUGCCACUGACCAUUUUUCUGAAGCCAAAAGACUUGGUCAAGGAGGAUUUGGUCCUGUCUACAAGGGUAAUUUUAAUAACGGGCUAGAGGUUGCAGUGAAAAGACUGAACAAAAUGACCAUAUAUGGAACAGAACAAUUCAAGAAUGAAGUUACAGUCAUCUCCAAGCUGCAACAUCGAAACCUUGUUAAGUUGCUAGGUUACUGUACUCACGGAGAGGAGCGGAUAUUAGUAUACGAGUACUUGCCAAAUAAAAGUUUGGAUUCGUUUCUUUUUGAUGCAGCAAAGCAAGAUGUACUAGAUUGGAAAGCUCGGUUGAAAAUCAUUGAAGGGGUAGCUCAAGGACUUCUAUACCUUCAUAAGUAUUCUAGAUUAAAAAUCAUCCACAGAGAUCUAAAGCCAAGCAACGUUUUACUGGACAAUGACAUGAAUCCCAAAAUUUCAGAUUUUGGAACUGCCAGAAUUUUUGGAGAUAAUGAAUUGCGUGCAAACACGAGUAGAAUUGUUGGGACAUAUGGUUAUAUGUCUCCUGAGUAUGCCAUGGAUGGUAUUUUUUCUGAGAAGUCCGAUGUGUUUAGCUUUGGAGUCAUGAUUCUUGAGAUCAUAACUGGAAAGAAAAACACUGCUUUCCAUGACUCUGACCGUCAUCUGAACUUAAUAGGACAUGUCUGGGAUUUAUGGAUAGAAGGAAGUCUUUCAGAUAUUACAGAUUCUAGUCUAAAUGAAGCAGUUCCAAAACCUGAAGCACUAAAAUGCGUUCAAGUUGGUUUGUUGUGUGUGCAAGAGAAGGCAGCAGACAGACCAACCAUGUCAGAAGUUGUAUCUAUGCUCUUCAACGAAUCCAUGGUUCUUGCUUCUCCGAAGAGACCAGCUUUUUCGGAAAUUAUGAGUCUCAAGAAUGCCAACUUACCUCAAAAUCCAGUACAUUGCUCCAUGAAUAAAGUCACCAUUUCAGAAGUAGAGGGCAGAUGAAUAUUCUUAUGCCAUGUAAACAUUCUGAUUCAGGUCAUGAAAAGCUGCUCAAAUUGCUUGAAAAAGGCAACAAUUUGAGAGUUUGUGAGCAUUGUCAUUUAGACAACAAAGAUGUAUUUUAACACCAGUUGACACUUAUCUGUGUAAUGACACGAGGACUCGUCAAUGCCAACACAUCGAACUUUCGAAGUACUUUCAACUGGGGAUUGAUGUGAGAAGUCAUCUGAUUGUUUCUGAUAAUGAUCGCAGAAGGUUUCCUUUCACCUGUGGAAGCUUUUUAGACGAGCAAUUGAGUUCAUGGCCAUUUGAGGAUGCUGCUUUAUAUGGUACAAACUUGGGUAGUGAAACUAGAUGAUUUGAGUGGUGGAAUGCUAUUCUAAACACUGCUUGUAUAACUAGGAUUAGUUGUCAAAACGAUUUUACUUCAAUCCUACGGUUGACUAUACAAGGUGAUGGUGCUGAUAAACAUGUAGCCUGGUAGAACAAUGCAUUUCACCUCAUUCCAAUCAAAUUUUCCACUGUUCUUA